GGCCCCCGGACGGGCGCGGCCCCGCCGACGGCGCCCCGCGUGCCGCCCCCCCCGCCCCCGGCUCGUGCCUUGCGCAGCGGGGCCCGCGUCCCCGGGGGUGCGAUGCCGACGGAGCUGUCCCGGGCCGCGGGAAUGCACGGCAUCUCCGACCUCCGCUCCGCCCUCACCCUGCGGCUCCUCAGCAAGGGGCCCGAGUACCUGCGCCGGCAGAUGGAGGCGGGCAGCCCGGGCAGGCGGAGCGCCGUGGAGAGGCUGGCAGCCGACAAGGCCAAGUACGUGAAAAGCCGGCAGGUCAUCGGCACCCGGCAGGAGCCCGUCACCGCGCUGAGCUCGGCCUCGGAGAGCAGCGGCGAGACCUGCUCGGUGGAGAGCAGAACGCGCCGCGGGGGCUUCGGCGGAGGGGAGGGCGCGGAGCCCCCGGCGCUGGCCGAGCCCGCGUGCCCCUGCCGGCCCCCCCUGCAGCGCGGCCCCCCCAUAGCCAGGCGCGGCACCCCCAAGAGGCAGAUGCGGCCCGAUUCCCUGGUGAUCUACCGCCAGAAAUGCGAGUUUGGGAGAGGUCAAAGCCAGGACAGCUCACGGGGGAGCUUGGUGAGGAGGAUCUUCCAAGGGCCCGUAAAGGAGAAGCAGCUGGCUUCCCCCGAGAUGCCCGGAGUCAUGGAGGACACUGUGGCCAUCGAGAGCAGAGAGCCUCUCGCAGCGCAAGGCGGUGACCGCGAGCUGAGCAGCCACGGCAGAGCGGAGCAAACUGUCCCUGUGAGCGCUGGAGCCCCAGCGGUGCGUACAAAAGAGCAUGAGAGACCCCCAACGCUAGGUCUGCCUCCUGAGGAGGUCAAGGAGGUGAAGAGGAGAGGUCUCCACCGCUCCCAGUCGGACAUCAGCUCUCGCUACUCCAAGUCCUUCUCCGAGUUUGAUACGUUUUUCAAGUACUGUGGCCUGGACCAGGAGGUCAUUGAGGAUCUCGGGAGAGAGAACUUCUCCGUGGUGUCUGACAACGUCUCCUUCAAGAUCCGCAGCAUCAGUGUGGCAACCUCCGAGAGCGACUUCACGAGGCACAGCGGGGACGAGGGGCUGCUGGAGGACGAACUCACAGAGCAGGUCCCGAGCAGCACCUCUGUGAUCGAGCGCAACGCUCGGAUAAUCAAAUGGCUGUACACGUGUAAGAAAGCCAGGGAGACUAGUAAGGUGAUCCAGGAACUGGCAUGAUGGCUUCUUUCAGCGUGCAUUGCAGCCUCGUGAGCUCAAGAAUCGACUUGGAAGUUGAACAAAACCAGACACAGGAAGAAAUCCUUCCCUCAUCUGGCUCAUGACUACUUUGGCCAAGUUUAGUGUUUUGUUAUUGCCUCCUACCCUCGCUUCCAUCCCUGGCAGCCUCACUCUUGUCAGAAGCACAGUGGUGCCCAAGAGCGUGAUGACAGGUGGAGACUGUGAACUGUGUCCCAGCAAGGCAGCGGGAAAUGAAAGCUGCUGGAAGAGUGAAGCCUGGCAGCACCUGCCAUCCCCGAGAAUAUUCAGCAUCAGCUCACUGCCCCAGGAUGCCAUUCUGGGCUGUGACAGAAGGUCUGUGUUGUGCACCCAUCUCUUUCCAGCAAUGAAUUUGUUGACAGGGAUGGGGGGAGAAAGCAGGAAUGAAGUGGCAAUGACCUCUGGGUCAGGCAUUUCCUUGCAGGCAGACAGGCUCCACCUGGGCGUUCAAAGGCUCUGGCUUACCAGAGCUGUUUGACUAGGGCUCAUCCUGACAUCAUUAGAUGUUAUUUGCCUGGCUGGGGAGGACUAACUGUGGCAGCUUUAUCUCAGAUACUUAGCAAAGAUGUUGUAAGCUAAAUCCCUGCCAAGUCUCUCUUUCUCUGAGGGUAUUAAAGCCAGAGUGGAGUACCUUGUAUCCAUCUAGUUUGCUCUGCAACACGUGUGCUCGGCCUGUGGGGAGGAAUAGCGUUUAAAACCUUGCGCAAAAUGUUUUCAGGAGCAUGGUUCCAAGAAACAGGUAGUCAGAACUGAGGGAGGGUUUUGCAUUGUUACUGCCUUGCUGCAGAAUGGUACCGUUCACAUGUUCAUAAGCUCCUCCACUUUGUUUGCAGUAUGGGUCCGGCUCUGACAUUGCAAAUGUUUGGCAGCUUGUGGUUUAACACUUUUAAUUUUAUGCACUGUGAGUGAGCAGUGGGCUUAUGGAAUCACAUUAGGAAUCUCUGUCCCGGGGUAUGUAAGGCCAUGCUGCCCUAGCAUGGGUCUGCAGUAGGGCUGUGCUUGGGAUGUGCAGGAUGGCAUCCCUGUGCUGCAAGGCAAGAAGGCAUGUUAGGGUGCAUCUGUGCCAGGUACGUGUCCUGAUGGGGUGAGACACCCAUAUCAGACAGCACCUUACUCAGUAUCAUCAAUAAAAUGCUUAAUUUGGACUGGCCGAGCUAAAUACAUUUUAAAAGCUGAUCAAAAGUACUUUGGAUCAUCACUGCAGUGAAUGAGGCCUCUACAAUAACUCAUGGAAUUUGAUGGCUGUGCCUCAGACACUUACCCCAAUCUGUCAUUGCUCAUGAGAAAAUGUCUUGCACCAAAGCAUUUCUUUGCGGACAUUGCAAAUCACAAAAAAACAAAUAAACAAACAAACAAAAACCAAUCAACAAAAAACCCCACAAACUACCAAAGCCAAAGCCAGUUCCCCUUUCAGUUGCACCAAUGCCCAUCUGUGAAAGGUGCCCCGCUGGCGUAAUAGUGUCUUGACCUGGUCCUGCACGGGUUAAAAGUUUACUUUGUGUUACCGUGGAUGUGGUGUCCUGGUGUCCAGCUUACCUGGCUGUCAAACCAUCCAGAAACACCAGCUUUUAUCGUUCACAUUCCUCCUACCCACACCACAGCAGCUCCUGCCGCUGCCUUUCCUGGCCCAGUACAGCUGCCAGCCCAGCCGGGUGGAUGCCAAGCUCAAGUGAGCACUUGAGCUGCGUUUCUCAAGUGUUUGCUACUCUCAGUAAAUACAUCUGGAGGAGCAGAAAGGGCAAGGGUGAGCGUCGAGGAUUCAAUAAAACAUUGGUGGUAGGAGGAACAGUUGCCUAUUUUAACCUAAGCCAACAUUGUGCACUGGAAGAGUUGCCCUUGUAGCACUCACCACCAGUUUAGUUGACAUCAGUUAAAUUCACAGCAAGAUCACCUGGGUUACAUUUCCGUAUGUUUUAAAUGUGCCUGUCAGUCCCUGGAUGGUUCUCAGUUACAGCAAGGGUUUGGGAAUGUAGGACAUUUGUCUUUGUUUUCUAGUGUUAUGUACUAAGCUCUACAUGUCUGAAGUUGUUGAGAUAGAUAACAAUUCCAGAUAAAAGAAUUGUUGAACCUGCUUUCCACUUGGCAGAAAACGAAAUAGUUUCACAGAACCAGAGAAUGGUCAGGGUCAGAAGGCACCUCUGGAGAUCAUCUAGUCCAACCCCCUGCUAAAGCAGGGUCACCCACAGCAGGUUGCACAGGAUUGUGCCCAGGCAGGUUUUGAAUGUCCCCAGAGAAGAAGACUCCACAGCCCCUCUGGGCAGCCUGUGCCAGGGCUCUGCCACCCUCAAAGGAAAGAAGUUCUUCCUCAUAUUCAGGUGGAACUCCCUGUGUUGCAGUUUGUGCCCGUUGCCCCUUGUCCUGUCACUGGGCACCACUGAAAAGAGCCCGGCCCCAUCCUCUUGACACUCGCCCUUAAGAUAUUUGUAGACAUUGGUAAGCUCCCCUCUCAGUCUCCUCCAGGCUAAACAGGCCCAGCUUGCUCAGCCUUCCCUCACAAGGGAGAUGCUCCAGCUCCAACAUCACCUUCGUAGCCCUCCGCUGGGCUCUGUCCAGUAGUUCCUUGCCUCUCCUUGCAUGAGUGAGCUUCUGCAAACUUACAGGGAAGGUAGUACAUAGGUAUAUUUUCAUUAAAUAAUGAAAUUUUCAUGUGUAUUUGUUACAUUAUUAUUAAAGGAUGACUCUCAGAAAACUCGAACCCAAGAUGCUGCUAAUGUAAGAUUUAUGCGCUUUUUAAGGUGAAGGUUUGUAAGGGAUACAGUCUAGGUUUAUUAAUCAGCAGCAUAAUCUGAGGUAUCUGUUCUUUUCAUGCUCACUUUGCAAGGUGCUGUACCACAGAAAUAUUUAUAUGCAUUUGUCAGAGCUAAGGACUACUUUUCUUUGAAAAUACUGACUUCUUUUCUUUGAAAAUAUGACUGUAGACAGCUCAAAGUGCAGGAAAAAAUCUUUUGCAUUACAAAUCAGUGCCUCACUGCAGGAGAAUUAUUUUGGUUUGGUUUGAAGGAAACUUUUUGUUUCAUUUUCAAACUCAGUUUGUUUUUGCUCUUUUAGUUAAGCAGCUCUCAAAAGUUAAGGUGAAAGAUGCGUUGGUCAUGAGUUUUCAAUGUUCGGAAGGAACAGGUUUAAUUUGCUUGAAAGUUCUAAACAUCAGCCUUUCUCAACAUUGAUGAAGGUUUUAUGGCAGAGGUUAAUGAAAUCAGAACUGGCCCCAUUCUGAAUAUUUUUUUAAUCUCCCUUUUUGUCUUUAUGAACAGUUCAGUGGGGUUGUGGUGACUUUCCACACUGUUAUGUGGCAAAAUUUCCCUGGCUUUGUUCAAACUCUGAUAGAAAUCCCAAGCUCUCUCAGGUAUCAUUUACUUCAGAGACGAUGUGGACCUAUUUAAGAUCUUUCCUUGAUAAGUCACAGAUUCCCUUUAUUUAAUAAUACCUUCUGGGUAAGCUAAUAACCUACCUAUUCCAGUAUGCCAGAACAACAGUAGAUGACAGUCCUUCCUCCAUACAUCUUGGGAAUGGGUAAUUCGCUGCUUUUUACAAAGACUGGGAGCUCUGGGCUUCAUUCAGCUCCUGUUACUGUUACAUGUAAAAGCUUUUCCUUCCUUCUGCUGGGUCUUUAGUCAUGUCCCUCAAAGUGAGAAAAACCUGCUGAUGUUAGUCACCACCUAUCUAUUUCCCAAAAAAACUCUCAAGAUAUUUUUUUUUUUUUUUACUAUUUGAUUAUGAAAGACAUGCUUUGGAAACAACGGGAUUUUUCAGCUUUACUGUGGUAAAGCGAUCCUUUGUGGUAUGAACAGAAGUUCUAACAACAGAGCUGGGUUUCCGCUCUUUUGGGAAACCCAAAACUGGGGCUGAGGGCAAAGGCAAGUCAUAAAUUGAAUUAUUUUGCUUGACUACAACUAUGUAAACUAAAAUAGUCAAAUGGGGUGCAAGCGUGCAGUGCUAACUGCUACUUGCACCCAAGUGUUUCUGUUGCUCCAGUGCUGUGACAAGGGGCAACGUCCACGGCUGUAGUGGAACAGGCAGAAGGUACAAAGUCUGGGAUUUAUGGCCUGGAAGCAAGUAUUUGCAGUAAAGGUAUCAGAUAGAGACUGUAAUCUUUGCAAUAUAUUGUAAAUAUUACUGUACAGAAAUCUAUAAGUAAGAAAUACAAAUUGUUCUAUAAUAUGUAUAUUACUUUUCUAAGGUAUAUAAGCCCUCAUGUUUUGUGAAACUGGCCAAAUAUUGCAUCGAUGGGGAUUAAGCAGAAACUUUCUCUGGGGAGCAGAUUGUCCUGUCAUUGACUCCUGUUUCUUGCGUCUACUUUUGAAACCUUUGAAAUGGAGUACCGGUCAGAUCUGGUAUGGAUGGUUUUUGCUAUGUUUAUAUUCCUAUGAAAGAACCUAUGUUCUAUUGAAUGCAUACAAAUAAAACUACCACUCUGAAAGCUAA